AUGGCCACUUCGACUUGGGAUCCUUUCAUGGUUAGAGCACCGAAAGCGAUGUCUUUCAAUGUUCUCCCUGCUCAUUCAAUGCCAAGUCGGACUAUGCAGCUUGAUAUGCGUAGAAUGUCUCGCCUUCGCGAUUCGGUGGCAUCAAAUGCGGCUGAACGAUUCCACACAUCGCCAUCUCUGUCGGAUUCUGAGACAACCGUGGAAGGCGAUUGCGAAAGACAGUAG